GACGGCAGUAGUGCAGCACUCACUGAGGUGUCUGGCGUGGAGAACUUCCAUCCACAACUCCUCAGUCUAGCUGCACUAACUUUUCACUCUCCCUGUGAAACUCACCUCUCUCUCUCUCCUUCUGGUCCUUUAAUGGCUACUGUCGGAUUUGCUACAGUAGGUCGAGCAGUUCGUACACCCUCCCUCAAUCAACCUCAAAUGACACUUCCACAUCAUCAACCCCUUCAAGACCUCGAAUUGAUCUCAUCUGCGGCCCUCCUACAGGCACAUGUGGCAGCCCAAGCACAGGCUCAAAACAAUGCCGCUCAGUCUGCUGGAGGCUCUGGAUCUGUGGUCUACGAGAACUCCUACAACUCCUUUCAACGGUAA